UGGCUAGCCUCCUUUCGAAAAAGAGUACAACCUUAGCUUAAACUAGUGUGAGUGUAGUAGUGAGGCAAACCCAUUCCACUCUCACAAAAGAGCAGAAAAGAGAGAGAGAGAGAGAAAGGGAAAGGUGAUUGCUCAUUUGCUCUUGCUCUUGUUCCUUGCUGUGUGUUGUUGGAAAUGGAAGAACAUCUCAGCCCGUUAGCCAUCACUCAUCUGCUUCAACACACACUGAGGAGCUUGUGCAACAAUGACAACUCUCAGUGGGUUUAUGCUGUCUUCUGGAGGAUCUUGCCCAGAAACUAUCCUCCUCCCAAAUGGGAUGGGCAAGGAGCGUAUGACCGGUCUAGAGGCAACAGGAGGAAUUGGAUAUUGGUGUGGGAAGAUGGAUACUGCAACUUUGCUGCAUCUUCAGCAACAGCAGCAGAAACCACCACCACCACCACCACUUCUUCUGCUUCUGCUUCUGCUUCUGGUUAUGAGUUUCAGCAGCAGCAAUAUCAUCAGCAGCAGCAUCAAGGGCUGCAGCCUGAGCUCUUCUUCAAGAUGUCCCAUGAAAUCUACAACUAUGGGGAAGGAGCAAGUAGAUCAGGAGAGAGAGUAAAUGAAGUUUUGGUCUGUGUCAGAUUGAUAGGGAAAGUAGCAGCAGAUCACAGCCACAAGUGGGUACACAAGGAACCAAAUGAGCAAGAGAUCAACUUCUUGUCUACAUGGCACAACUCAGCUGACUCUCAACCAAGAACAUGGGAAGCCCAGUUCCAGUCUGGAAUAAAGACCAUAGCACUGAUUGCUGUCCGAGAAGGUGUUGUCCAACUUGGAGCUGUCCACAAGGUGGUUGAGGAUUUGAGCUACGUGGUAACGCUGAGGAAGAAGCUGAGCUACAUAGAGAGCAUUCCAGGAGUAUUACUGCCCCACCCUUGUUCUUCACCUACCCAAAUCCUCCCCAUGAGAAUGGACGCUUACGGUUACGGUUACGGCGGCGGCGGAAACCACCCGAUGCUACCGCCUCCGCCGCUGCCGCACCACCACCAUGAAGCCGCGGCUUAUUACCAACUCACUGGCGGCGGCGGCGGCGGGGCAGAUCAUCAGCUGUACGCGGACCAUCACAACAAUAAUCACAUGACGAUGAUGAUGAAUAGCAGCGGCAGCCUGCUGCCGUUCAAGGUAGCUCCGUCGAUGAGCAGCCUCGAAGCCUUGCUCUCCAAGCUCCCCUCCGUCGUCCCCCCGCCGCCGCCGCCGCAUCAUGAGUUCAUGGGCGGGAUGGAGGAGGAGACUGCCGCCGGGGAAGACCGUGAUGAUGAUGAUGAUCAACGGUAUGAUAUGGACGGGCAUCGUGAAGUUGGGGAGAGCAGCAGCUCAAAGACGACGACGACGAUGACGUCUAGUCAUGGUAAAAGCGGCCAUCGCCGCCAUCAUCAUCAUCAUCAUGAGUUUCAUCUCCACCACCGUGAUUUGAAUGUCAACUGUGCUAGUACUACUACCACCAACAACAACGCUUAUUUUCAGUGAUUAUAUUCUUAUCAUCAUAUAUAUAUAUAUUUGGGAUCUAGUGAGUGAGUGAGUGAGUGAGAAUAAGUAGAAAGUUGAUUAAUUAUGGAGGAUUAGCGCUAGCUGAAAAUGGCGGCUUAUCAUGUUAGGGUGGUACUGGACAUGCAUUUGAUUUCAUCCUAAUUAAUUAAUGAGUGACCUGCCCUCUUUAUCUUAUCUUUUCUUUUUUGUAUCUUUUUUGGGUUGGUUGAUGCUACCUACAAAGUAAUGAUUGAUGACAUUAGUUCCAUCUUUUUUUUUUGUUUAUUUAAUUUAAUUUUCACUUAUUUUCAUAUUGGGGUAUAUGUGAUGUUAUGGUUUGGUUUG